AUGUAUCAACAAAUAUAUUAUGGAAAUCAUACAAGAUCGAUAGAAAAUUUACCUCCACCUUUACAAAUUCAACCUUUUACUAUAAAUAAUCAUCAACACAAUCAACAACAAAAUUAUCUUUCUCAACAACGUCAUGGUCCAUUAACUCCAUUAGAUCAAACAAAUCUUAUAAUGGGAUCAUAUUUCACACCUACUCCAACUACACAGUUUUUUACUAUGAAUAAUUCUCAUCAAAUUCAACAACAACAACAUCAGCAGCAGAAUCAACAUCAAUAUCUGCAAUCUUCCUCACCGAGAAUGGGUAGAUCUAGAAAAUCGUCAAAUAAUAGUUAUCAAUUUGCUCCAGAAAGAAGAUCUUCAAGAUUAGCUUCAAAUACUUCAUUAUUAUCGAAUGAAUCAAACGGUUCAAUAAAUGGUGGAGGGGUUAAUAAUACAAUUGAUCAAAUUACAGCUUCUAGAACUAUAAUUUUAAAAAAUUUAUCUAAUAAUAUUUCAUUAAAUGAAUUAUUAAAUCAUAUAGAAUUUGGACCUAUUGAAUUAAUUAAACUUGUACCUAAUAAAAAUGAAAAUAAUAAUAAUGAAAAUUGUUAUAUAUCAUUUGUUAAUUCUAAAGUUUCAUUACUGUUUUUAGCAAAAUUUAAUGGAGAAGAUUCAGAAGAAUUAAAUAAAUUAAGAAAAGCCUUGAAUUCAGAAGAUUUAGAAAUCACAAUGAAUGAAUAUAUCGAUAAUAAUAAAUUUAAUAAUUAUUCCACUAAAGAUGACAAUAUCAAAUUAAAAGUUUUAAAUUAUAUCUUAGAGUAUCAAGCCACUAGAUGUUUGAAAGUUGAAUUUAGAUUUAAAGAUUUAUUACCUGAUGAUAUUACAACUGAUGACAGAUUUAACCAAAUUCAACAAUUUUUAGUUGCACAAUGUGAAAAAUUUGGUGAUAUUGAAGAAUUUAAACUUGAAUUUAAUAAUGAGGUACAAAAUAAGGAAACUAUAGGUGAAUUGAUUGAGAAAGAUGAAAAAGAAUUGGUUGAAUCAGAUUCAAUAAAAAAUGGAGAAUUACAAAUCGAAGAAGAAGAAGAAGAAGAAAAAAUAAACUACAUCAAAGGAGAAAUAUUUGUUCAUUUUACAUCAAUUGAAUCAUCAAUACGAGCCUAUGAAAAUUAUUCAAGACGUAUUCAAAAUGAUUUGGAAAAAUUGAUUAAUAAAAAGGAUUCAACCAGAAAAAAUUCAAUUAUUCCAAAAGAAAUCAAUGAUGUAAAUUCAAAAUUUGAUAUUACUUAUCGAAAUAUUAAAUUUGGGAAAGAUAGAUGUGAUAGAACCGUACUAGAUUUUUCUAAAAUUGAUCAAAGUUCAUUAAAAUUAUCAAACUCAACUUCUUCGAAAGAUUCAAAUGAUUUGUUAAAUAAUAAUGAUGGUAAUGACGUUGAUGGUUAUGAAUUUGAUUCUGAAAAUUCUACUAUAAGUGAUGAAGGUUAUUCAAUGUUAUCUUCAAGUUCAAGAUUUAGUCAAAUACAUCCAAUUGUACCACAAUUAAUACCAAUGCCUUACAUGAAUUAUAACGUUGAACAGUCAUCAAAUAAUGGUAAUAGAUCAAUUUAUUUGGGUAAUUUACAUCCUAAUACAACUAUCGAAGAAAUUGCUAAUAAUGUAAGAGCUGGAGGUUUAGUUGAAUCCAUAUGUUAUUAUCCUGAAAAGAAAAUGUGUUUUAUUACAUUUAUUGAUCCAGCUGUCGCUUAUAAAUUUUAUACAAAUCAUCAAGUAUUACAUCAAUUAGUUGUACAUGGAUAUGAUGUAACCGUUGGUUGGGCUAAACAACAUAGUGGCCCUUUAAGUAGAGAUAUUGCAUUAGCAGUCACUGCAGGGGCAUCAAGAAAUGUUUAUCUUGGUGUUAAAACUAAUAGGGAUAAUGAUUCACCAAAACCAAUAAUUCCAAAUGAAGAUGAAUUAAGAAAUGAUUUCUCAAAAAUUGGAGAAUUAGAACAAAUAAAUUUUUAUCAUAAUAAAGAUUGUGCAUUUUUAAAUUUUUUAAAUAUAGCAGAAGCUAUUAAAGUAGUUGAUUCAUUUAAUUGUGAAGAAAAAGAUUCUUUAUUCAGAUUAAAUAAAUUAUUUAAUAAUGAUAUGGAAAAAGCUACAACAUUUUAUAAUAAAUAUAAAAUUUUUAAAAUUAGUUUUGCAAAAGAUCGUUGUGGAAAUCCUCCAAAAUUUUCUUUUAGAAAAAAAUUAAGUGGUAGUCAAGGUUCAACUUAUCAACAAUAUCAAGAUCAAUUACAUGCAAGUGUUAGAAAACAUGGUAGAAAUAGAAACAAAUAUGACAACAAUAACAAUAAAAGUCAACCAGAAGAUGCAAAAGAAAUUACUCGUGCGGAUGAUAAUGAGGCUCUUAUAAAUGAUGAAGCUGCCAUGGUUUUCGGAAUAAUCAAAGAUAUGGAAAAAAGUAGUAUCAAAUCGAAUGAAUUGAAUGGGGAAAAAAAUGAUGAAACCACAGAAUUAACAAAAUCUGAAAAUAAAUCAAAUUUGAAUCAAGAAUCAAUUAUCAAUGGAGUUGUAAAAGAAGAAGAAAAUGAAGAUGAUGAAGAAGAAGAUGAAAGUGAUGAUGACGAAGAUGUUUCAAUCAUUAUUGGAUCUGAUGAAACUACUUCAACUAAUAAUACUACUGCAACUGGUAAACAAAAUGGUCACAUUAAUCCAUCAAAUCAAAAAAGUAAACAACAAAGACCACAUAUUAGACAUCAAAAAAUUUAUCAUAAUCAAGAUACUUCAUUUUCUCAAAGAAAAUUUUCAAGAAAUUCAUCAAAUAUUUCCAUAAAUAGUUCUUCAAGAUAUAAUGAUUCAUUUACUCAUCAUCAUAAUCAUAAUCACAAUCAUCAUCCACAAUCUUCUAUCCCACCAUCGCCAUAUAUGCAACCACAACCAGUCUAUUUCUUACCACAAUUGAGUCGUACAAGUUCAACUAGUAGUUUUAGAUCAAAUCAAAUAUAUCAACCUUCACCAAAUCCAAAUCUUCAUGGUCAGCCAGUGUUUGUAAGUCAACCAUCUUCAAUAGCAAUACCAAUACAACAAUCAGUUCAACAUCCACAACAACAACAAUUUUUCUCACCAAACCCACAACAUCAACAUCAUCAUCACAAUAAUAAUAAUAAUAAUGAUGGAUCACACCAAGUCCGAUAUGUACCUGUUGUUCAACAAUCUCCUCAAAUUAUACCAAUGCCAUUACAAUCACCUCAAUACGUUGGUAAAAGUCCAUAUACUACUUCCGGAUCUCAAGUAAUGGCUCAAUAUUUAGCUAAUACUCAACAACAAGAACGAAUGUAUGGAACUGAAAAUAAUUAUGAUUUAUAUACUAGUGAUCAUCACAAUGAUUAUGGUAAUGAUAGAAGAGGUAGUCGUAAUAGAAAAUCGUCUUAA